CGUGACAUUUGGCAUUUGAGUUUGGAUGAAGGGUCGAUGAAUUUUAUUGCAUUGAAGAAAUGUAACGAUUAGCGAAUUGAUCGGACAGCCGUUAAGAAUUUCGUGAUGUGCUAGGCGCAUUUAUUUGUUGUUAAGACAGGUCCAGUAAGGUGCUAUAUUACCGUUAGUUUCUUAAACCAGUAAACUCACAAUGGCUGACAAUACUCAAACAGGACCGGUUGAACCCGCAGAUCUCACCGGCGGUUUCGAAAACAACUUUGUUUUGCCUGACCAAGUCCAAAUGGAGCUUGGAAAUUUAAAUGGUGAAUAUCAGGCCGUAGGAGCUGUUAUGGAUGACGUUUUGAGCGGCCCAGAAACCCCAGAAGGUGUUGUUGAAGAUUUUUCAGAAGAAAAUCCAGCAUAUGAUCAUCCUGUUGAAGGUUUUCCAGAUUUAAUCGAAAAUAUUCCACAAAAUUUUGAUUGUGAACCCGGGCAAACAACUAAUGUGGAGAAUAAUGGUACUCUGAAUGAUAUCUUACCUGGUAACGAAAAUGAUUUUGCAGACAAUACCAGUAUCCAUCGAAUGGAAAAUUUGGAGAAACCAGAAAUUAGAAUUGAAAAUGAACCACUUGAAGCAGAGAAAAAUGGUGUAGAACCGACUGAAACUUCUUCUCAACAAGAAAUAGCUUCAAGUAAUGAAAAUGUGAAUAUUACAUGCUUCGACAAUUUAACAGAAGUGGCAAAGGACAUGGAAGAAUCUGAAAUUUCAGUAAGUCUUGAAGGAAAUGCUUUAGAUGCCACAAAAUCAGAACAAGCUGCAAAUGGUUCAAUUGAAAGCGCCGCCAUUUCGAAGAGUGACUCAACUCAAAUAAAUUCUGAGCCUGAAAAUGUGGUUCAAUGGAGAAAGGAUCGUGCAAAAAUGAUCGAAGAAAUCGAUUCAAGAGAAUCUAUCAAAAAGAAAGAAUGGUCAGAGUUGGCGAAAAAUCAACUUGAAAUUUGGGAUAAAAAUUAUUCUGAUGUUGUGGAGAAAAAUAAAGAAGCGAACAAGUCUAAAAAUGAAGCAUUUAUGAGUUUAGACAGUGUGGAAAAGGAUAAAAUUGGGUACACAAGUUUGGAGGUGACAUCUCCAAAAAUGUCUAAUGUGAAACCAGAUCCAUCUGUGUGGGAAUAUGUAGCUAAACUUUGUGAUUUGAACCCAAAUAAUAGAAAUAUAAGAAGUGACGUUUCUCGAAUGAGAUUGCUCUUGUUACAGCUGAAGAAAGAAGGACAACAGUGUUCUGUUCCAUCUCUGAAGGCAUGAACUUGAAGGCAUUUCUUGAUAUUAGUUGUCUUGAAUAAAUUUUUAGGUCACUUGCUGUAUAGUAACUCAUUUUCAUGUAAGGCUAAAAUUCGAGCAAUCGCUAAUAUUUAAUGUAGAUUGUCUAAUCGAAAUUCUGGUGGAAUAAGGUGAUGAAUAUUUUCAGAGUUUUAGAUUAUUUUAAAUAAUUCGUAAUAUUAUGGUUCUGUAACUUGUAUCUAGAAAUGAGCACUAUAAUAUGAAUGUUAUUCAUCUGCUAGGUAAAUUGGAACUGCUAGUUUUUAUUGACAAUUCAAAACUUUUUAAUGAAGUAUUAAUAAACAUGUAUUGGUAUGUAUAAUUGCUUUCCUGUAAUCCCUUAUUUUAGGAACAUAUUCAAUAAUUUUAUAAUGUUUUAAGUUUAGUAUAUUAUUAUCCUCAUACCCAUGUACUGUACAUGCAUAUUAUUCUGCAAUAGACCUCCGAGAUUAUUUAUAGUUUGUGUUGUUAAAGAUUAGUUAUGUUCUGUUAAAAAGUUUUUUCAGUUGUAUUUUUGCACCAUUUAGUUCAGUCAACUUCUUUACUGCCAUCAAAUACAAAACAACUGUUGUACAUGUAUAUUAGUCUACCAUUUACUCUAUCUAUAAUAUACCUCAAAAUUCAGUUUUAUGUUUUGUUGAAGUUUUUUUUUUAUUUUUAUUUUUGCACCGUUUAAUUCAGUCAACUACUUCACUGCCAUUGAGUACACACAUAUAUUUACAUAAGCACUGUGUUCGUUUGACUUUACUUGUUAUUAUUGUUCUAUUAAACUGCCUGUUUCUUCAGCUUGGUGCAUUUUUAGGAUUUGGUCUACUUUAGUACUAUUUUGGAUUUAAUCAAGUGUAACUGGUUGGAAUAUUCUUAUGGUAAUAGCAGAGUACUGAUGCUGCUAUAUUUUACCUCAUUUUCUCCAAAUUUCCCCAGUCAAGAUGAGGUCAAAUUGUUCUAAAGUAGACUGAACCUGUUUUUAACCUACACUGUAUGUUUAAAUGUGUUGAGCUUAUUUAUUUUUCGUUUAUCAAAAUAAAAAAGUGUUAUGUAUAUUG